CCAUGAUGUGAAACCAAAAUAAUCAAUUAAAGCCAUGAGUGCAGAAUUCAGGCUCAGUGUAACGAAGGCAGCCAGUUAAAGGAGCAGUUUAAAGCCUCUGCUCUGGUUUUCUGUUUGUUUCAAAGAUUAGGCAAUAAAUGUCCCAGCAGCAGCAGCAGACAUUCACCUGUCGGUCAUUGGUUUCAGGCUCAGGGUGGGGAGUGAAUGUGCCCACAGUUUUUCCCAGGAUACCUCGGCCAGCAGACUUUUACGUUUUCCGUGAAUAAUAAUCAUAAGGAUGAAGGUUGAUAUUCACAAUCAUAUUUUACCAAAGGAGUGGCCCGACCUGAAGCAGAGGUACGGCUAUGAUGGGUUUGUCCAGCUUCACCAUCACUGCGAGGGUGAAGCAAAGAUGAUGAAGGAUGGGAAGGUUUUCCGGGUAAUACAGAAAAACUGCUGGGAUCCAAAUGCUCGCAUAAAGGACAUGGAUAAACACGGUGUCGCACUGCAGGCCCUUUCGACCGUUCCUGUGAUGUUCAGUUAUUGGGCUAAGCCUCACGACACACUUGAUCUCUGUGUCCUUUUGAAUGAUGACUUGGCUCAGACAGUGUGUAGCCACCCCAAGAGGUUUGUGGGCCUGGGCACGCUGCCCAUGCAGGCCCCUGAUUUAGCUGUGAUGGAGAUGAGGCGCUGUGUGAAGGAGCUAGGCUUCCCUGGGGUCCAGAUUGGGUCACAUAUCAACAACUGGGACCUCAAUGCCUCUGAACUCUAUCCCUUCUAUGCUGAAGCAGAGGAGCUGGGUUGUUCCAUAUUUGUCCACCCAUGGGACAUGCAGACAGAUGGGAGGAUGGCAAAGUAUUGGUUACCCUGGCUAGUGGGUAUGCCAUCUGAGACAACCAUGGCUAUUUGCUCGAUGAUAUUUGGUGGUAUCUUUGAGAGAUUUCCAAAACUGAAAGUCUGCUUUGCUCAUGGAGGUGGCUCUUUCCCAUUCACUGUUGGCAGAAUUGAACACGGCCACAAAGUCCGCCCUGACCUUUGUGCAGUUGACAACGAUGUCAGUCCACGGAAAUACCUCGGUUCUUUUUACACCGACUCCCUGGUUCACGAUCCCGCCUCCCUGAAGCUGCUCAUUGACGUUAUUGGAAAAGAUAAAGUGAUGCUGGGAACAGAUUAUCCAUUCCCACUUGGUGAGCUACAGCCAGGGUCACUCAUCGAGUCGAUGGAUGUGUUUGAUGAUACACUAAAGGAUAAACUGCUUGCUGGAAAUGCACUAGAAUUCUUGGGACUGAAACGGGAGCUUUUUAUGUAACAUGAUACUGAAAUACCACCAAUGGUCAUUAAGUACAAAGGAUUUUUUUUGCAAAUAUUUGUGUUUGAAUGAUUUUUUAAAAGAUUCUAAUUAUGGAACGUUGUUAUUGUUGUUUAUCAUGAGAAGGUAAGCACUGUAUUCAUAGAAGAGACAGCUGAUGUUGCUAUUUUCAGAAUGUAAAGAUGUAAUGUUAUCACUCUAAGUUAGUCCUGCACAAAUUUUAGAGUAAUUACGGUAUAGUAAUGGUAAUGUUGUAAAUGUAACAGGUUUUCCAUCUGUUUGAAGUUGCAGCGUUUCAGUAGGCUCUAAAUAAAAAUGUUAAUAUGA